AUGACCCACACGGCUUCCGUCAUCGUUCAGGUCCAGGGAUCAUCUGAUCAGGCAUCUGCUCUUGAAGCACAGCUGCAAUCCGUUCCCAAAGACGCCAAACACCUCGAAGUUGAGGGUGAUACACCUUCCGAUGUGGAAAGGUCCAUUCUCGGAUCCCAUUUCUCUAAUGUCGAGUCUCUCCUUUUAUGCGCUGGUCAUAAUGAAGAUCUCAACGAUAAGGGAAUCCCUUUUCACGGGCCUCUGCAGAAACUCGAGAUCGUCGAUUCAGCCUCCGAGGUCUUUCAAAGUCCCUUCGUUCUCGAUCCCACUUGA